GAGGAAUUGCUCCCCUCGAAAUGUUGGAAUAGACGACUGCCGUCGCUUUGUAGUCAAUCAGAGACGCAUGCCGGAUCUCGGGUUGGUCGAUAUCAUCAUGGCCUGCUCGCACAGCGGCUGCUACUUGAAGCAAGCGGAAGAUGCUCUUCUCAGUGCUUUGGGCCGGCGAUGUUUACUGGAGCUUCCCGACGACACUUCAUUUGGAACCUCUUUCGCAUCUUCGCGCGGUGGAACAAAGGCGUAUUCGAUUCUCGGCCAAAUCACAAUCGAUUUGGUUAGCGCUCGCCAGGUUCGUCAUUGAAAAUGUCGUCGUUCAAAGAAUUGGUUCAAGAAGUGGGCGAGCGAAACAAACUCCCUUUGCGCGAUGGCCUGGAUUGCUAUCGGCCCACAAUGACCACAUACUGGCCUUGCAAGACAAGUUUGCCACCGAGAAGUCGGCCAAGAUGGAUGUUCUCCUGAAGGAAAUGGCCGUGCUGAAGCAGCAGCAUGAUGCGGAGAAGGCUGAAUGGCAGACCAAGGCCGCCAGGAUGAGAUUCAAGCUGGCAAUCUCCAGUUGCCGGGCGCUCCUUGAGCGCCUAGCGAGGGAGGUUGACGAUAGGCACUCAAAGGGCGGGGCCCGUCCCCCAUCAUGUCUAGGCGUCAACUUGGGAACCACCACCCAAAAGCUGAACCAUUUGUUGGCUUGAAACCCUAUCUGGCACAAUUCACAAGGAGGUGACCAUAGAGAACGACAUCCUCCACAUCCCUGCGACGCUCCUGAAGGCGGAACGCCAUUUGGCGAUUGCGAUUGCCCUUUACUGGGGCCUGAAUUUCGACUACGUGGACGAGGACGGAGUCGACGUGGUGGAGCCACAGGAGCCCGGAAUGAAGUACUGACUGCUCUUAAACCUCAUUCUGGAAAGCCGUCCCGACAACCACCACCACCAUGUGUCUACUAGC